AUGGCCUCAACGCGGUACAAAGUGAUCGAAAAGCCGGGCGGCCUCGGCGAAGUUGUGCAGGUGGCCGUGCGGGACGUGGGCGUGAACACCGGGGGAAACACGCCCGCCCUUUUAGUCUCGCCCCUGCGGGCGCCUGCCACGACUGCCGGCGCCGGUGUCCCCUGCCCGGGCGACGCCGCCGCGUGCGCCGCCUGUGCACGCAGGCAGCAGCGCGUGCAGCAGUUGGAGGCGCGGGUGGCGCAGCUGGAGCUGCAGUUGCGCGUCAACAACGUCCUGGGUGCUCUGAUGAGUAGUCUGGAGGCGCAGCAGGCGGCCCCCGGAAGACGCGGCGGCGCAGGCCGCUCACGCUCGCCGCGUUCGCGUGGGUCGCCCGGGCAGGAGGCGGGGGCCGCGGCGUCGGAUGUGACGGUGCUGAAGAUGAUGCAGGAGGAGCUCAAGCGGCAGGACCUGAUCCACGCCCUGAUGGACCUCCUGGAGCGCCCAACGCAUGCGGAGCGGAUUGAGAUCAUGAAGCCCGUGUCGAAGACCGCGCUGACGCUCUUGCUUGCCCCUCCCAAGGGUGCGUCCUCCGGCGCCGUGGCAAAGGCGACGAUGUAG